UCUAUCUUCCAUUCUCAUAAAAUCUCCUGUCUGUAGAACCCAAGCUUUCGUUUGUUUUUUGUACAGAUUCCUUUUCUGCGCAACCCCAACUGUUUUCUCUUUCCUCUGUUAUAAAAUCCUAUAUUCAGCUGCUUGAGUUCCUGUUUACUUUCGACUCUCCUCCCCCGGUGGGUUGUCGGUGGCAGGUUGAGUUACUGUAUAGUCCUGUAUUUUGGUUGGUGAUCACUUUCUUGUAUUAUGUUGUAUUGGUCCAUUUAAGUGUUUGAGAUCUUGGUUCUGCUGCUCGAGUUCUUCUUCUUGUGGACUCCAGUUUAAUUCUUCCAUCCAAUUCCAAAAGCCCAUAUCUGAAUUCCCAGUUUGUUCCCUUCGUCUCCAAAUCAGUUCUGUUUAGACAUUUCAGCUUAACAAAAUCGUUCACUGAAGUCGACAACUCUAACUGGAUCUGGAUUCUUCAAUCUCUGUUAACAUGCGAGAUUCAUAAUCAUCAAUGUCGAUUAUUUGCGGUCUCCCACUCCUUGAAUGUGUAUACUGCCUUGCAUGUGCUCGCUGGGCGUGGAAGCGAUGCCUGCACUCUGGUGGCCAUGACAGCGAGAACUGGGGCCUUGCAACUGCAGAAGAAUUUGAGCCCGUUCCUCGCCUCUGCCGGUUGAUUCUUGCUGGCUAUGAAGACGAUCUUCGACACCCGCUAUGGGCUCCUCCCGGUGGAUACAGAAUCAAUCCUGAUUGGGUAAUUCUGCGCAAGACUGAUGAAGAAAUCCAUGGCCGUGCCCCUUCAUACAUAAUCUACCUCGAUCAUGACAAUGCCGAUAUCGUUCUCACAAUUAGAGGCCUUAAUAUGGGGAAGGAGAGCGAUUAUGCUGUUCUACUGGAUAAUAAACUCGGGCAGAGGAAAUUCGAUGGUGGGUAUGUCCAUAAUGGGCUCUUGAAUGCAGCUGUUUGGAUUCUGGAUGCUGAGUGUGAGCUUCUUAGGGAGUUAGUAGAGAAGUACCCGAAUUAUACCUUAACUUUCACUGGACAUUCUCUGGGGUCAGGGGUAGCUGCAUUGUUAACAAUGGUGGUGGUGCAGAAUAGGGACAAACUGGGUAACAUAGACAGGAAGAGGGUUAGAUGCUAUGCAAUUGCUCCAGCUAGGUGUAUGUCACUCAAUUUGGCUGUCAGAUAUGCAGAUAUCAUAAAUUCUGUUGUGCUCCAGGAUGAUUUCUUACCAAGAACUUCCACACCCUUGGAAGACAUUUUCAAGUCACUUUUUUGUUUACCUUGCUUAUUGUGUCUAGGAUGCAUGAAAGAUACAUGCAUUCCAGAUGAGAAGAUGCUCAAGGAUCCAAGGCGGCUCUAUGCACCAGGUCGCCUUUAUCACAUUGUUGAGAGGAAGCCCUUCAGGAUGGGAAGAUUUCCUCCAGUUGUGAGGACAGCAGUCCCUGUGGAUGGGAGAUUUGAGCACAUUGUUAUCUCUUGCAAUGCCACUUCUGAUCAUGCCAUCAUUUGGAUAGAAAGGGAAGCCCAAAAGGCGCUGGAUUUAUUGUUAGAGAGAGAUCGGAUUAUAGAGAUUCCUACGAAGCAGAGGAUGGAGAGGCAGGAGACUAUUGCCAGAGAGCACAGCGAAGAGUAUAAGGCAGCACUAAAGCGGGCAGUAACAUUGGCAGUCCCACAUGCUUUCUCACCUUCACCUUACGGAACAUUUGACGAGCAGGAGAAUUCCAGCAGCACAAGUGGGGAAGCUUCUUUGGAGACAUCUGAGAAGAGCAAAAGGAAAGAAAGCUGGGAUGAUCUGAGUGAGCGUCUCUUUGACAAAGAUGAGUCUGGCCAUAUGGUGCUUAAGAAGUAAUAGGCUGAUGAUGGGUGAUAUAUUUCAAAAAAAAAAAAAAGGGAAAAUCUAAUCGAAUAUUUGUUUUUAGGAAGCAUUCAAUUUAUUUAUUUUUCC